AUGGGUUAAGUUUAACAGUCUAAAUAACACUUUUUAAAAAAUUGGCAAAAAUUGGACUAACAUCAAAGCAAAAUGUAAUUGUGAGUUUCAAUUUAGUUUUGGAAAUGUAAUUGAAGUCUAUUCAGAUUAAUAGGAGUAAGUUGCAGUUAUACAUAAACUAUUUUAAAAUGAUGAAUAAUAUCAGAAUGAGUUAAAAGAAUUGCAAUCAUAUUAAUAAUUAUCAAAUAUACCUGGAUUGAUUAGAUUAUUAGAAAUUCAUAAAUAAGAAGAAAAGUAUCUUUGCAGUAAUUUUUAUAAAAUUGAUGCAAUCUAUGAAUAUGGAUAGCAAUUUGCAUUUUAAAUACCAUUGUAUUAAUUUAUUCAACAAGUGAUGCAUACAUUGAUUGAAUUAUAAAAUAGAAAUAAAUAUCAUGGUGAUUUAAUACCUUCGUCUUUUAUCUUUAAAAAUUAAGUUAAACUUUUUCUUCCUAAAGUAAAUCACUACACUCGACUCUUAAAUGGCAUAUAAGAAGAUUGUUAUUUAUCUCCAGAAUUAUUUGAGUUUUUAGGAAGAAGAUCUUAUCAUUUUUAAUAUCAUAAGGAAAAAAGUGAAAUAUUUUCUAUUGGUCUUAUUACUUUGGAACUGAUCUUGUAAUAAUCAAUAUAAAAUAUUUACAAUUUUUCUACCUAUUAAAUAAACAAGGGUAAUUAAAUAACUAUUUUAGAUAUUUUGAAUAAUUUUCUUCAAAGAGCAGACAAUAAAUUAAUAAGUAAAAUGUUAGAGCUAUAACCUGAUAAUAGACCUAAUUAUCUUUCAGUUUAUGAAGAAAGUUUAGUUGAAAUGAUGCAGCAAUCUGCUGUUAAAAUAGAAUAUUAAGAAUAAACUUAAAUAAAUUAAAUACCAGAUCAAUAAUUAAAAGAGAUACUUUCAAUUCAUUAAUCAAAAAUUUUACAUAUCAAAACUUAAAUAGUCUAAUCAAACGAUAAAUUUAAUUAAAUUAAUCCAACUUAAAGAUCUGUACCAAAUCUUAUGGAUAACAGAAGAAUAAAAUCUAUAUCAUAAUCUAAAUAGAAUCAAAAAAACAAAAUAAAAAAGGUUCAUCUAGAAAUAAUUGAAAAAAAUCCUUAUAACUUCAUUAAAAUGCACUCAAAAUAAUAAUCUAGUCAUCUUUCUAACUUAGAGCAAUUAAAAUAACAUGAAAACAAAUUGAAUUAGAAUACUAAUAUGAUCAAUCCUAAUUAAGUCUAAUAAUUAAAUUCUUCUUCAUAAUAAAUUGUUCAUUCCUAAUCACCUAACAACAGAUAUUCAUAUAAAAAAUCUCCUUAAUGUUCAGCUAUAAAACAUUAAUCUGUUGAACAAAAUGAAUAUGCUUUUUUGCAUGAAUAAAUUCAUGUGCCAUUCAACCCAGGAUCUAAUUUUUUAGAUUCUUCAAGAUAAUAAGAAAUAUUUGAGAUCAUUACUCCUAAUAGUGUAAGGCAGUCAUCUAAAUUAAAAGAUAUUUCAAAUAAAAAACCUCAAAUUACUUUAUCAAACAUGAAACUUAAUAAUAAAGAGUCUUUAUAAAGAAAACCUUAGUUACUUAAAAGUCAAAGACCUAGUUCAAAAUCUCCAAUUGAAUAAAGAAUUCAAGGAAAAUGUUAUAAGAAAAAGUGA